AUGGAUAAAGUGUUUUACAUGACUGAUGUCCAUGCUAACUUGGAGUACAGUGAUAUUUGUCGCCUGAUCCCAUUCAACUUCACAACUCAAGAUGCCACACGCGUUUUGCAUAACAAGUUCAUCAUUAUUAUUGGUGACUCAAUUCAAAGGAUGGUCUACAAAGACCUUGUCUUCUUGUGUCAGAAUAAUCACUUUACUCCAGAAUCAAGGAUAACAAAAAAGGGUGAGCUCUCAUUUGAAAAUGAUGAACUGAUAGAAGGUGGUAAACUUGGCUUGAUGGUAAAUGAGCCCACAUACAGAGAAGUGCGGCAAUACACAGCCCAGAAUCUCAUCAUAAGAUUCUAUUUCAUCACACGUGCCUAUAGUGCCUACAUGGAGACAAUACUAGAGGACUUGGCAUCUGGACCCCAGCCUGAUCUUAUUCUCAUAAACUCCUGUCUUUGGGACAUGACGAGGUAUGGUGUUGGAUAUAUGGAGGGCUAUAGGACCAAUCUCACAGCACUGAUGGAAGGAUUGAAUAGAGCCUUGCAACGUAAUACCCUUGUCAUUUGGGCCACAGCUCUGCCUGUUUCAGAGAGUUGCAGGGGAGGAGUCAUUACACCAGAGCUUGAACAUCGCAGCAAGUCCUUGAAUAAUGAUGUGAGUCAGGCUAAUCUUUGGGCCCAGAAAAUUGUGUCUCACUAUAAUUGUCGUAUCCUGGAUCUCAAUUUCUUCUUCCGAAAGCAGGGAUUCCGUAGAAGAGGAGAUGGAACACACUGGGAUAGGGUGUCCCACAGACAUAUCACUAACCUGCUACUUCAUACUGUGGCUGAACUUUGGGUGUUUAUGGGCCGACCUGUUGGAUACAAUUCACCUCAUCUGAAGAAUGGUCCUUUCAUAAGGAGUCCAGUGAAGGACCUAGCCAGGCUUGCAGGUUACCACUCUGGUAACAUCCACAUAUUUGAUAGCCAGUUAAGAGAGAAACAGAAACAAGAGGCGGGUUUGUCUUCUGACUCCACUUGCAAACCUACAACAAAACCAACAGGGAAACUUAUGACUCAAACUAAUCCAACAACAAAACCAACAGGGAAACUUGUGACUCAAACUAAUCCAACAACAAAACCAACAGGGAAGCUUAUGACUCAAACUAAUCCAACAACAAAACCAACAGGAAAACUUAUGACUCAAACUAAUCCAACAACAAAACCAACAGGGAAACUUGUGACUCAAACUAAUCCAACAGCAAAACCAACAGGGAAACUUGUGACUCACACUAAUCCAACAACAAAAUCUCCAAAAACUGUGACUGAACAAAAUGAUGCCCUACGUAAAGAUGUGGACAGAAGGUUUCUCAUAAUAGUUGAUAAGAACAUCAAGGAGGCUUACCGAACCAAUAACAAAGCCAAAGUGGAACUUUUGGAGAAUCUAAAGCUGAAAUAUGGUCAGUUGGUUGAAACAGGGAAAACACCAUCAUGGAAAAAUCCUAAAAGUUUUCGUAAGUCAUCUGUGAAGCUGUUGACAUGUUUGAGUCCACCUGGGUGUUGUUCACUUCUCCGGGAAAAUCUCUCUGAUUCAGACAAAGCUAGUGCUCAGAGUAUCAUCAAGAAUAUACAAGAAAAUGACAAAAUAUCAAAAUCACUAGUUCAAACUGUUAUCAGGGGUAAACAGGCAGACUCCAUAGAGGAUGGAAGCCCAGAAGAGCAUGACAACGCCAUACCUUGGGAUAUCAAAGACGUCAUAGAGGAAAGUGAAUUUCUUGAUCAGGUCGAUGAAUAUCUGUACAAGGCAAGAGAAAACAAUGAAUCUCCAAAGGUUGAGCUACUUGAGAUGAUGAAAAUCAAGUAUAAUCUCUUGUCAUCUUGGGCACCAAACAGGGUGACAAAGUUUAGAAAAGAAUCCAAGGAGCUCAUGCAGUUAUUUAGUCCCCCUGGUUCUUCCCAUCUCCAUGAUCCAAACCUCAAUCAUUCAACUGUGCAGAGGUUCAACAGCAUAAUGGAAAACAUUCUUAGUCCCAUUUCUGCUAUGGGUCUCCCAAUGUCAUUAGAUGAAGCCCUGGACCAGCAUAUGGCAGUUGCCCAUGCAAACAAUGAGAUUGCCAAAGAAGAACUGAUUGAUAUGUUGAGACUGAAACAGGCUUAUCUUGGUGCUGAGUCAAAUAAGGCAGCUCUUGAAGAGUUCCAGUUAUCUGCAAUUGAGCUUUUGGGGUAUUUAAGUCCACCUGGUGCAGAUUUCUUUUUCCCGAUUGAUCUUCCAACAUCUGUGAAACAAAUGCUGCAUGAAACAAUGGCUAGUUUGAUGGAUACUUUGAAACCUAUCCUAGCCAAACAGAAGGCUAAAACUGCCAUAAGAGUAGCAUCAGUUGAGAAGCAACACUCUAAAGAUGGUAAUAACAACAGACAGGUGAAGUCAACAAAGGGGCAUCCAUCCAUAGGAGCAUUGAAUGGUUCUAAUGAAAGGAGUCAAGUAGGUCCCCAGAUAACUACAGAGGGUCAAGCAGGUCUCCAAGAGUCCCUGGGUCAUACAGAAGGUGAAUACCCUUCUGAGCUCAAAACUAGACCUACUCCUCAACCACACAUGAUCUUAGAAAACACUAGACACCAGAGAACGACAGAUACACCAACAGUCCAACAAAACAAAGAUAGGAAAGACAUAUUGGCAUCAUCGCCCCAACUGGGUGUACCUUAUGGUCCAUCUCUACCAUGUAUGAGUCCUGAAAGAAAUCAACCUGACUCAAAUAAUAAGGAGAAGUGGAGCCCAGUUUUAUAUGAAACCAGGAAACAGUUGCACACUAUGGAGGUUCCAGCAAACUUCAGCUUUGGUCAUCAAGCAACACCACUGACUUCAUCAGUCAGGGCUCGGAGAAAAAGUGAUGAAGUUGAUAUACUUGAAAACCCCUUCCCUAGUAGUGCUGAAAUCUCAAACGACAACAAGAGUCAGAAAUCCUUUGUCUUUAACUCAACUAGAGGAGUGAUGCGGAGAGAAUUUCAAGUUGUACAGAUGAAGGACACCCCAACUACAUGUACCAGUGCUCAAAUUAGCAACUUACAAAAGAAUCAACAAUCAUAUAUAUCUAGCAACAUAUGUGAGAUACCUUUGAAGUCACAAGUCACCACAGGUGAAGUCAACACAGGUGUUAACCAAGGAGAAAGUCCAGAUGUCAAAAGUGGGAAAGCACCAACACCCAAUCAUGAAAUCUUCAAACCCAAUAAAAGUCAAACAUGUUGUGUUUCAACAACAAAAAAUGAAACAUCCUGGAAUCCCUCAAGUGUAGAAGUCACUCCUAGAAAGAAUCAACAUGUGACUAUUCAGGGAAGUUCCACACCAAGAUUUAAAACCUUCCAAAGGAGCCAACCAUCUUCGGACUCCAUCAGCAAAAGUGAGAAACAUUUAAGGUUUCCUAUUACAUGGAUCAAAAGCCCUGAUGCUGUGUUCAAACCAAACAAAGCAAUGUCUAACAUGUCUAAAGCUCUGAUAAGUCCAAGUGAUCAAAUUGAUGUGGCUGAUGAAAACUUUGGACAUCCCAAUUCCUCAAUCACAAAAUAUGUUAUCCCCUGUGCCUCCAUAAGCAACAAAAAUGGAAAAAUGAUAGCCUGUAGUUUGAUUGGUCGAUACUUGAAACACUUGGGAAAGGAGUACGAACAGCCCUGUCAUGAACGACCAAAACAAGAGAAGACAAAUGGACUUCUUGGAAGGUACAUUCAACGUAUCAUUGAGGCUCGUGAACACAAACAACUCUCACCCGAUGAAAUAUAUCCUGACAUUAUGAAAGAAAACAAUAGCAAUGUCAUGGAAAUGACAUCUCCAAAUGGCGUCUCUGAGCUUCAAAGCAAUAGAAAUAAUCUCAACUCUGAGUCAAAUACACCAAAGGAGGACAAUAAGAUAUCACUUAACAUUCCCAUAAUGCUAUCUUCCAAAGACUCAGAUAGCUUUGAUGAACCACAAGAUCGAUGUGAGGAAAUACCACUGAGAAGUAAAGAUGAUAUGGAAAGCAUGAACCCUCCAAGUAAUGAGCCUCUGUCAGCAGUUGGUUCUCUUAACCAUGAAGUAAAGCCCCUUCCAGCUGAGUCUCCCUCCCUCUAUGUGGCUACUGGAGAUGAGACCUCAUUGAAUGAAGAAUUUUCUGAAAUUUCAUUAAAUGAAGCGUUUUUAACAAUGGAUGUGUCUAGUCCAACUGAUAUUCCAAAAUGUUCUGGGGUGUUUUUUUCUUCUGGUGUGUCAAAUUCUGCUGCAGUGUCAAAACCUGACAAGACUACUGGUUGGUCAAACCCAACUGCUGUGUCAGUCAUAAAUAAUGAGCCAAUUACAAGGCACAGACACAAUUCCCGUUCAAUUUUGAGACACCCCAACUCUCCUUCGCCAUCUAAAAGGGUCUCAUUUGACUCUAAACUUCACAUUCGUAUCUUACCUGAAGUGCCUCCAAGACCAACAUCCCUACGUCGACCAAAUAUUCCUAUGCAAGCUCUGCAGCUCUAG